GGGAGUCUGUGUGUGGGAGAUGCUGCAGCCUCGGUUGCAGUCGUUGCGCACGCAGCGAUCUGUCCAUCAGUCUGUCUGUCCACUGGUGUCUCCGCACCGUAGAGUCGGGGUGUCAGAGGGUGCCCGCGAGUCCCAGCCAUGCCGGCGGGAGCUGCCCUUGGGGCUGUGCUGCUGGCGGUGCUGCUGGCGGGACCGCGGGGUGCCAAGGGGCGCCUGCUGAGCGGGCAGCUGGUCUGCCGAGGAGGGACCCGAAGGCCUUGUUAUAAAGUCAUUUAUUUCCAUGAUGUUUCUCGAAGGCUGAACUUUGAGGAAGCCAAAGAAGCCUGCCGAUGGGAUGGGGGCCAGCUAGUCAGCAUUGAGUCUGAAGAUGAGCAGAGACUGAUAGAAAAGUUCAUUGAAAACCUCUUGGCAUCUGAUGGUGACUUCUGGAUUGGACUCAGGAGGCGUGAGGAGAAAAAAAGCAAUAGCACAGCCUGCCAGGACCUUUAUGCUUGGACUGAUGGCAGUACAUCAAAAUUUAGGAACUGGUAUGUGGAUGAGCCUUCCUGUGGCAGCGAGGUCUGUGUGGUCAUGUACCAUCAGCCAUCAGCACCUGCUGGUAUCGGAGGCCCCUAUAUGUUCCAGUGGAAUGAUGACCGAUGCAACAUGAAGAACAAUUUCAUUUGCAAAUACUCUGAUGUGAAACCAACAGCUCCUUCUAUGAGGCCUGGAGGUGAGAGAACAGACCCAAUAACACCCACACUUGCAGAAGAAACACAAAAAGAAGAUACCAAAGAAACAGUUAAAGAAAGCAAAGAUACUGCCUUGAAUCUUGCCUACAUCCUUAUCCCCAGCAUCCCCCUUCUCCUUCUCCUUGUGGUAACCACAGUGGUGUGUGCAGCAUGGAUCUCUAGAAGGAGAAAACGGGAGCAGCCAGACCCGAGCACAAAGGAUCAACACACCAUCUGGGCCUCUCCUCACCAAGAACCCAGCCCAGACCUGGAGGUUUACAACAUCAUAAGAAAACAAAGUGAAGCAGACUUAGCUGAGCCCCGACCAGACCUGAAGAACAUUUCAUUCCGGGUGUGUUCAGGAGACGCCACUCCUGAUGACCUAUCUUGUGACUAUGACAACAUGGCGGUGAACCCUUCAGAAAGCGGGUUCGUGACACUGGCAAGCAUGGAAAGUGGAUUUGUGACCAACGACAUUUAUGAGUUCUCCCCUGACAGAAUGGGGAGGAGCAGGGAGUGUGGAUGGGUGGAAAAUGAAAUAUAUGGUUACUAGGAGGUGUGAACAAAACUUGAACUGUUGAUGGGAAAGAAAAAAAAAAGCAAAAUACUUCCCAUGAGGAAAAUGCCCAGAAAGUCUAUGAAAAUGCUUAGAUCAGCUCCUAGGGUUGAGCAUGUGAUCCCCAUUAACUCUAGAUGGGUCCCCAAGUUCUGACUGCAUUUCUUAUUCCAGUCUUCCACCCAGUUUGACCUUAUGAGAAAGGCACUUUGCUAAAGACGUGUCCCAGGUGCCCAGCUUGACCUGACAUAUUGUAGAUUAUCAUUUAAAUGUCAGUAGACUGGUCACAUCUGAUGUCCAAGGGACAUUGCUUGAACUAGCAGGGAUAAGGGUUUAGUGUGGAAACCCCAGUUUCAUUUUCUAUUUUCCUUUCUGUGUACAACAGCACACAUAACCACAAAGAGACAGAAAAUAGACUUUUUUUUUCUCAAAGCCCAUGUGUGGCAGCCAAAGGCUGACCUGCAUCUCAGCAACUCUCCUAUCUGAGUUAUUUUGUUUUGUUUUCAUAGAAUAAAAUCAAAUAAGAAAGCAGGAAGAAGAAUAUUAGCCAGUCUGAAUCUAUGGCCCUUCCUCUGCCCUCAGCCUCAGGGGACCUUUUUCCCUUUCUCCUUACAUCUAAACAUAGAAAUAACUAUCUUGGAAAUACUUUUUGAACUAAAAAUGAAAUUUGUGUCUCUGCUUUGGGGCUUAUUUGUGCUCCUAGCCCUGACAGCACCGUGUUUUAUGUGCCUGUUUUGCUGCCACAUCAACCUACUGCUAAUAACAAUCCUUUUACUUUGGCUUCAGAGACUUGAUAACUUCAAAUGUUUUUGGUCUUUCAUUUAGAGAAAAGUUCCUUAGCCCAGGAUCAGUUAUGGGCACUUGGAAGGUUUGAAAGCCAUCAUUUCACUCCCACAAGCAACCUCUAUCAGCUUAACAACCCGCCAUUGUAACCUUUCCUCUUACACCUUACCUUUCAAAAACUUGGCAGCUGUGUUUCCUAUAUAGAGCCCCAAACUAGACAAAGUUAUCAAUGCAGUGGACCGAAACCUUUUGCCUGACAAUCUAACCACCUGGGCCACAGAAGAGUGUGGGUAACUAACAUGCCUUUUCUUCCUGCCUUGGACAUGUGGUUUAUGGGGUUACAACAGUACGUGCUUCAAAAAGUCCAGGUUCCUACUUUGUUUCCCAUGCUGGCUCUAAAAUCUUUCUCUAAUCUUGUGUUGUGCCCCACCACAUGGACCCCUGAUAGGCAGCAAGCUCUGUGAGUGCAGGAAUCUUAUCUGGCCCUUGGCACCAGCCUUUCUACAACCCUGACAGCACAGUGCAAUGUAGGCAACCGAAGGCUGUAAAAUAUGCACAAUGAAUCCAUCAGACCUAUGUAAAGCUGCCCAAAUAUUUCAGCUGAAAGAUCUGUUGCGCCUGUUUUCUCCUGGAUAGAGACGGUAAUUGGACCAUUUCAGUUUGAAAAGAAUUCCUGUUGCCUAGGAAGAAGGAAUCACUGUGCAAAGUAGACAAGCUGGUGAGGAAUAUUAAAGACUUACUUUAAAUAUAUCA